ACCUACUUCCUGUUUCACCUCAGUUACUUUUUGAAGUUCAGAUUCAAAGAACAGAUUGAGAAUGAGCCAACGCUGGAUAGUCACGUCCUUACAAAUUCACUUUAGUUCAUAAAAUGGCGUUUGUCAGAGGAAUUCGCCAGCAGCCUGAAUUUAAUUUUACGAGCUAGACCGUGUUUUUUUCAGAAAGAGAGGAAAAAAAAAAAGCUCCCCUGUAGAGGGACUCGACCCAGCAUCAUGCCCGAGAUGUCGAAGAUGAAGAAGCCCGACGUCAAGGUUGUUCUCCUGGGAGACAUGAACGUGGGGAAGACGUCGCUGCUCCACAGGUACACAGAAAGGAAGUUCAAAGACACCAUCAGCACCGUUGGAGGGGCGUUUUUCCUCAAACAGUGGGGACCUUACAAUAUCUCCAUAUGGGACACUGCUGGUCGCGAACAGUUCCACGGGUUGGGCUCAAUGUACUGUCGAGGUGCAGCCGCUGUCAUCCUCACUUAUGACGUCACCAACUGGCAGAGCCUAGCUGAGCUGGAGGAGCGCUUCCUGUCCCUGACUGAUACUGCUAACCAUGACUGCAUUUACGCUGUAGUGGGCAACAAGGCUGAUCUCACAGACCCUAAAGCCCAGCUGUCCCCAGAUGUGGCGUCUGAGGACCGAACUGAGUGUGAGGAGGAGAGAACAGAACCACAGGUGCUGUCUGCUUGCCCCACACCCCCAGCCUCCCCUGCAUCCCUCUCAGGGAUGAUGCUAAACAAACAGGUUGCCCCCGAGGAUGCAGAGGCUCUUUAUGGAAGAAUACUGCGCUACAAGGGCCUGGAGGAAAAGAGCAGCCUGCCUGCAGAGAAGAUGUGCUUCGAGACGAGUGCCAAGACAGGCUACAAUGUGGACACUCUGUUUGAGACAUUGUUUGAUCUGAUGCUGCCUUCCAUCCUGAGGAAGAGAAAUGAGAACCAAGAGUCUCCUACAGUGGACCUGGAGGAGUGCAGGGGGGCUAGCAACAAGCGGGCCAGAUCUGCCUGCUGCUAGGAUCUGCCAGAGAAAGGUGGAGAGGCUGCAACCAGCAGAGACUUGUUUUUACCAAAGGACAAUCAACAGGUUGGUCUGCACACCAAAUACAUACUGUGAUGGUACUACAUUUGCCUUGACUGAGACCCAAUAGUAUUAAUGACCUCCUGGGAACACACACAUUCUUUAUUCUAUGAAGACAGUCAGAAAAAGCAACUAGCGUUCAUAGUGUCCACUGACAUUUUAAGUAUUUCUAUGUAAGGAAGUGCGUGCUGCGUUAUCACUCGAUGCUUUGAAACCUUCCACCCCAACAACUGAAACUACCCCAAAGAUGUGUCUGUGGGCAAACACACAUAAGAAGUCAAUCACUGCUACUGUAUUUGUUAAUGUUUUGGAAUGAUGAUGUCACAAAUUUAACAGCACUAAUUGUUAGAUGGUUGGCACAUUGCACUGUGUUUAUUAUAGGUGUAUUUUAAAGUUUCCACAAAUCACACUUCUAUUGUUUUGUUUUAUGCUCUGUUAUUAGCGUUGUUUAGAUUUUAUUAACACAUUUGGAACUUUUCAAUGAGUGUAAAGAGUAAAUAUCCUUGCUGCAUUUUUAAAUAUGCAGUCAUAAUAAAGAUUUUUUAUUUUGCA